UCUCAAAUCUUAAUGCCCCACCUCUUUUCUUCCAUGUCAUGAAUAUUUCGCACUCUCAAUUUCGUUUGUAAAUCCACAAACAGAAAAAUAAUAAUUCCCUGAAAAUGGCACUCUCUUCAACCUCUUUGCUUCCAAUGAAAUCAUUUACCAUCCCUUCACCUUCUUGUGCUUACAGAUGCUUCUUUCCUCAGCAAUCUGCUCUCAGGCCCUUGAAGGUAAUCUGUCAACUUGACCAACAAGGAAAAAAUGCCACAGAACCUAAGUGGAGAAAGCUGGUUUCAACUGCACUGGCUGCGGCUGCUGUUGUGACAUUUAGCACCAACCUGUCUGCCUUGGCUGAUCUCAACAAAUACGAGGCAGAAACUCGUGGCGAGUUUGGGAUUGGUUCAGCUGCUCAAUUUGGCUCUGCAGACCUCAAAAAAGCGGUCCAUGUAAACGAGAACUUCAGAAGAGCCAAUUUCACAGCUGCUGACAUGAGGGAAUCAAAUUUUAGUGGUUCAACUUUCAAUGGUGCGUACCUCGAGAAGGCUGUUGCAUACAAGGCAAAUUUCACAGGUGCAGAUUUAAGUGACACCUUGAUGGAUCGAAUGGUUCUUAAUGAAGCAAAUUUCACCAAUGCAAUCCUGGCUAGAUCAGUUCUCACCCGCAGUGAUCUUGGGGGUGCUACUAUUGAGGGUGCUGACUUUAGUGAUGCAGUGAUAGACCUUCCCCAAAAACAGGCUCUUUGCAAAUAUGCAAGUGGCACAAAUCCUAUAACAGGGAUAAGUACCAGAAAAAGUCUAGGUUGUGGAAACAGUCGAAGAAACGCCUACGGUUCCCCUUCUUCACCUCUCCUUAGUGCUCCGCCAAAGAAAUUGCUUGACCGUGAUGGAUAUUGUGAUCCAACCACCGGCCUUUGUGAUGCAAAUUAAUUAGUCACUCAGAACAAAUUUUUGCUGAUUCUUGAGCUUAUCAAGAAUCAACUUUGCCUGAGCAUCACUACCCCGCAAGUUUGAUGACAUUCUAGACACCUCAAAGAUUUCACAAGCAGACUUGAUACCUUAUUGCUAACGUGUUUAUGUUUCUUGUGAUGAGUUUAUUGACUUAUUUACUCGUAGUUGGCAUUAUAAUGAGAAACAGCUAGCAAUUUUGAGAAGAUAAGCAUGUGUGAAAUAUGCAUGGCCUUGCAAUUGAUCAGACAUUCUGUAAGUUGCAAGCAUAAUUAUCUCCAAAGCACACUCUUUUGUCAU